CUUAGCUCUGAGCAAAACAAAUCUCACCACAGCUGGGUACUUCUCUCUCCUCCUCUAUCUGUCUAUAUCUUUUUCUUCUCGCCAGAUCUAUAUGCUCCAUCCAGAUCAUAACGUGACGGUGGCUUUCUCCUAUAUCCAUAUCGGAAUUAGAUGAUGCCAAGCCCAAACCUCAAGGUCAAAAAUCCUCUCAGCAAUGCCGCCACCGUUGUCUCUCUCCAAAUCCCCAACCUCGCCGCUAUCCCUAGACGCCUCCGACCCCGUCCGCGAUGCCAUUGAGGAGCUCCAGCGCCGCCAGCGCACCAAUGUUGUGCGAUUGAGAACCUCUGUCGGAGCUUUCUGCUAACAUAUGGUGUCAGAGUUGGAACUGAGAUUUUGCUUCUCAUGUUUAAGCUGUCUCGCAGACAGUCCUACUCUUCCUUGCUCGAUCUUAAGUGCAAUCUGCAACAAGGGAUGGAGGGAAAUCCUAUUGCUGAAAUCAUCCAACCCAUCGAUAUGAUGAAGUUGAGAAUUCAAUUGGGUCUGGGAUCAGCUAGACAAGUUGCCAGGACCAUGAUCAAGGAGGAGGGUUUUGGUUCAUUGUAUAAGGACCUGAGUAACCAACCUAGGUUAUUGCAAACCCAACUUUCCGAAAUGAAGAAGAGAUUAAGCUGUUGAACGAACCCUGAUAAGAUCAACAAUGUAGAUCAGUUGGGGCAAAUGGAAGAUUCAAUUCGAGAAUCGCGUAACCAGAUUCAAACACAUAAGGUAUCAUCCUGCUUCAGUUGUGGAUCUCAUUAUAAGAAAUUAUGUGUAUGCCCUGCUGAUGUUAGGAUUGUGCUGUUUGAAUAAUGUCACAUGAUUAAUCUUUUGUAUAAUUGUGAAAUUCUAUGGUUAAGCGGUAGAUUUCUUUUCCAAUUAUGAUGU